GUUUGGUUCGAAAUUUGUUGCAGGAAUAGAUUAUUUACAAACUGUGGCAAGUGCACGUGAGUUACUGACAAAAUGCAGUUAACUAAUGGAAAUAAAGCAAAGGCGCUUGACGUCAAGUUAGUCAAGCAAAUAUUAUUGAAAGAAAAUAAAUAUAUAACAGAAUUAUUUUCAAGGAUGCCUGUACCUGUCUCUGCGCAGCAAAGAAACGAUGAAAUCGAUGAUGAAGAAGACGACAAAGCACAAGGGAAUAUUAACAAUGAUGAGUUUCUCGCAGCCAUGGGUACGGGUACUUCACGAGCAAGUACAUUAAUUGAACUACAUCAGAAAUUGGAACAUUUGAAGGGAAAACGGUUAGAUUAUAAAGAGAAGCUCAUGAGGAAGGGUCUCAAAAACAGGCUCAAGAAAAAAUCAAAAAAAGAACAACGUCUCAUGCAGAAGAAGUUGGCAAAAACAGAACUCGCUGCAGCUGGUGGAACAAAAGCAAAGCAUGAAAAUGGGGAAAUGCCAAAAUUCACAAAGCCGAAGCCAAUAUUCAAUUCUGAGGGUAAAAUGGUAUUCAGUAAGUUUGACUUUUCGGCAAUUGGUGCCAAAAAAGUUCAGCCCAAAGAAGAUAAGGACCCAAAAAAACUCUUACUAAAGUUGGAAAAACAAAAGCAAAAAAUAAAUGACCUUGAACAGGCUGGUAAAAAGGACGUAGCUGACGAGCUGAAAGAGAAACAAGCAUGGAAAACGGUCCUUGCGAAAGCUAGUGGGGAAAAAAUCAGAGAUAAUCCAGAGCUUUUGAAAAAAUCGGUUAAGAAAGAAGAACAGAAAAAGAAACGUAGUUUGAAGAAAUGGGACUCGAGACUUGAAGGAGUCCAGAAGGCACUCAACGAGAAACAACAAAAACGACAAGAAAAUAUACAGAAAAGGAAAAAGGAGAAGAAAGUGAACAAACUGAAAAAGGCCGCAAAAAGAGGCCGAAUCAUACCUGGAUUUUGAGUAGGUUUCACAUUUAUAAGCAAAAAUAAAGAACUUUAAGAAACAAA